CACACGCGAACGCAAGGUCGGGGAAUAGGUGUUCUCAGCCGGUGUGCCUACGAUUCGACGCAAAUUGUGUAUACAGUGGGUGCUGAACGUGUCCUGUACAAGUGCAAUUAAACAGCUCCGGAACGUCCACGCAGGCUCGAAUGCUCAGGGUGCAGUUUGAUGUCGGAUAAGGACUACGAUAAAGAAGCCUGUGCAAACAGAAUUAUAGCCCCUGGCUGACGGAGCAUACUGUGACCGCUGAUACCGCGUAUUGACUUCGUCGAACGUAUCGAGUAUGAUAUUUUAAAUAAGUUCGCAUCGCCGCGCUGAUCAACAAUUCAUACGACCUUCGAGAUUGCGUGGAUGUUUACCGUGCGUAGAAACGUGGCUCGAGCGAUCGCCAUACUUUUGGGCAGAGCUCUUUAUCUGGGAUGAGCCUUUUUGUGUUGCCCACGACGUUCGUGAAACGUACCUCAACAGGAACAAGAUGCUUCUCACGUGUCGGAUUCGUCGGUUUGGGCAACAUGGGUGGCCACAUGGCGAGAAAUCUAUUGAAGAAGGGCCACCGGUUGACCGUUUUCGACGUUAACGAAACAGCCGUGUCGAAUCUGACGGAGGCAGGUGCAAACGGUGCCGCGAACCCCGCUGAGGUAGCCGAAGUGGCCGAUGUUGUUGUUUCUAUGUUACCGUCCAAUCAACACGUUCUGGAUGUCUAUAAUGGAAGAAACGGUUUAUUAAGUUCAGCGAAACGAAACACUCUUUUAAUUGAAAGUAGCACGACCGGCCCGUUCGUGUCUCAAACAUUGGCGAACGAGACUGAAAAGUGUGGAGUUAGAUUCAUAGACAGCCCAGUGUCUGGAGGUGUAAAUGCAGCCAAAGAUGGCACACUUACGUUUAUGGUUGGAGGAUCCAAGGAGAACUUCGAACUUGCUAAGACUGUUUUAGAGAAAAUGGGAUCCAGGGUGGUUCAUUGCGGGGACAUAGGAAUGGGUCAAGCUGCAAAACUGUGCAACAACAUGCUUUUGGCUAUCAGCAUGAUUGGUACUGCAGAAGCUUUGAACCUUGGACAGAAACUGGGCUUAGAUGCGAAGGUGUUAGCUGACAUCGUGAAUUCUAGCACCGGCAAAUGCUGGUCGUCAGAAUUAUAUAAUCCUGUUCCUGGGAUCCUCGAUAAUGUCCCGAGCUCAAAGAAUUACGAGGGUGGCUUUGGUACAACUUUAAUGGCUAAGGACUUGGGUUUGGCGCAGUCUGCCGCAGCUAAGGUGGAAGCGACCAUUCCCUUGGGCUCUCUCGCCCAUCAGAUCUAUAGAGCGAUUAUAGCGCAAGGAUUUUCGAAAAAAGACUUCAGUUUUGUUUAUCAGUUCUUGAAAGGACAGGAGUGAUGUUACAGAAAGAAUUUUUUUAUUAAAGAUUUUUUUGUACAGAA